AAAAUAUAUAAAUAACAUUUUUUUUUUUUUGGGUCAAAUGAAAUAAAAUUUCAAUUCUACUGAAUGUAGGAAUUAGGAUAUGAUCGAACUGCAAUCGAGCUUAGAUUAAAGUUUAGAGAACUUAAAAACGACGUAAUUUUCUUGUAGCGACAACGAUGUCGUCGCCGGACGUUGUGGAUAUCUUGGACAGGUCCAAGGAGCUCGAUCGGUUGAGGAAGGAACAAGAGGAGGUUCUCAUUGAAAUCAACAAAAUGCACAAGAAGCUUCAAGCUACUCCUGAGUUGGUUGAGAAGCCUGGUGAUAAUUCUUUAGCGAAGCUUAAAGGUUUAUAUAUUCAGGCAAAAGACCUUUCAGAAAACGAAGUAGCUGUUUCCAACAUGUUGCUUAAUCAACUCGAUGCUUUUUUGCCACCUGGACCUCCAGGACAACAACGAAGAAGAAUAGAAGGUAAUGAUCAGAAAAGGAAACGAAUGAAAAAUGAUUCAGAUAUCUCAAGGCCCAGUCAUGUGAGAAGUCAACUUGAAGCUUGUGCUAGUCUAAAGAAUGAACAGGUAGCAGCCAGGGUUACAGAUGGUGACAAGGACGAGUGGUUUGUUGUAAAAGUAAUGCAUUUUGAUAGAGAUACAAGAGAAUUUGAAGUACUGGAUGAGGAGCCAGGUGAUGAUGAAGAGGGUGGUGUUCAAAGAAAGUACAAGCUGCCUAUGUCAUGCAUUAUUCCUUUCCCAAAGAGAAAUGAUCCUUCUAGCGUUCCAGAAUUUGCACCAGGAAGACAUGUUUUAGCUGUUUAUCCAGGAACAACUGCACUCUAUAAGGCAACUGUUGUUAAUACACCACGGAAGAGAAAGAGUGAUGAUUAUUUGCUGGAAUUUGAUGAUGACGAGGAAGAUGGAGCCUUGCCACAGAGGACAGUUCCCUUCCACAGGGUGGUUGCUUGGCCAGAAGAUCGCCACUGAUUUAUCAUUGUCUAUAAUUGUGUAUAAAUUUAUAGUUGGUGUGUAGUUCAAUAAACUAGAACCUUAACACACGUUUAAUUUUUGUUCAGUAAUGUAAUAGGAGGAUUUGUAAUUCGGAUCUUUAAUGUUAUUUUCUGUUUUAUUGUGCU